UGCGUGGGUGAGUGGGGUAUUUAACGUUGGUGUAGGCUGCUUUUGGGUGAUUCUUCCCAAAAUAGCCUCGUCUAUUUGCUGUAUUGGGCAGCUAAAGAGGUGAAAUAACACAAACAAGAUCUAGUAAAAUACUAAGUAGCAGUACUUCUUCUAUACUGAGGAGUAUAAAAUAGAGUAGACAUAUCCAUCAUCUCUCUUCUGAAAAAACCUCCCCAACAACUUAACAACAUCUGUAUAAGUCGUAGGUUUCAUAUUCUUUCAAUAUACUCCAGCACAAAAAGUUUCGGUUUUUUCAACAUUUCAUACAUCUCUUUUAGACAAAACGUGCAAAACACAUGAGAUUAUAAAUAUAGGUUUGGUUGCAACUAAAAGCUAGCCAUAGCAAUAACAGCUAGCUAGCUAGUAUAAAAAUUACGGAGACAUUUCAUUCUGGUUCUGUCGACAGAUCGCCUUUCCUUACAGAAGAAACUAAAAAAUGUGGAAUUUAAACGAUUCUCCGAAUCAAAGAAUGGAAGAUAAAUCAGAAGAAGGAUGUUAUUCUCCUAUUGAAGUUGAUCCAGAUGAUGAGAAAGGUAAACAAAUCGGAUCGGUAUCGAAUUCAAGUUCAUCAGCAGUGGUGGUUGAGGAUGGUAAUUAUUCCGAGGAAGAAGACGGUGAAAAAGGUAAAAAAAAGCGAAGUAAUAAAAUUUUCGGUUUUUCAAUUAACGAUGACAACUUCUCAUUGGAGAGCGAACCGCGGGUAGUCACACGGCAGUUUUUUCCGGUGGAUGAUGAGUCAGAAACUGGUACGGGUGCCGGUGCGGGUGCGGGGUCCACGAAUUUUCCAAGGGCUCAAUGGGCUGGAAUUAAGUUUUGUGAAUCAGAGUCGCCACGUGACAGUGCGCUAGUGGGUAACCCAAUUGAGGUGGUGUCUCAGCAACAGCCAGUUAAAAAGAGCCGACGUGGACCACGGUCUAGGAGUUCACAGUAUCGUGGUGUUACUUUUUACCGGAGGACUGGUCGGUGGGAGUCACACAUAUGGGAUUGUGGGAAACAAGUGUAUCUAGGUGGAUUUGAUACAGCACAUGCAGCAGCUCGUGCAUAUGAUAGGGCAGCAAUCAAGUUCCGGGGAGUUGAGGCAGACAUAAACUUUACCUUAGAUGAUUAUGAGGAAGACUUAAAACAGAUGAGCAAUCUAACCAAGGAAGAAUUUGUGCAUGUACUAAGGAGACAAAGUACUGGUUUUCCUCGAGGAAGCUCCAAGUAUAGAGGAGUUACUUUGCACAAAUGUGGUAGAUGGGAAGCUAGAAUGGGACAGUUCUUAGGCAAAAAGUACGUUUAUUUGGGUCUCUUUGAUACUGAAGUUGAAGCUGCCAGGGCUUAUGAUAAAGCUGCUAUCAAGUGUAAUGGGAAGGAAGCAGUUACCAACUUUGAUCGUAGCAUUUAUGAAAAUGAACUUAACACAACUGAAUCUAGUGAUAAUGCAGCCGACCACAAUCUUGACUUAAGCUUAGGAGGUUCAAGCUCAAAGGAAGGUAGCCGAGAAAUGAGGGACAAUAAUAAUAGGGGUCAAAAUUCUUCAUCUUUGCAAUUCGAUGUCCAUUGGGGCCACCAAGGGUCAAGACCUAAGCUACCAAGCUCAAUCAGUUUUGAUGCCCAAAGAAGAGAUAGGUAUAAUGAAACUGAAACAUUGCAGCUGUUGAGCCAAACGCACCUAAAUUCUCCAAGCACAUUGCAUCCAAAUAUUAAUGAAAUGCAAAGGUUUGGCCAAUUUAUUAGACAUGGUGAAAAUCAUAUGGUUCAAGUGUAUCCGGGGCAGUUCAACUCAUAUCAAAUACAGACUCCAAGUAGCAGCAAUGUGGGCCAAAUUGGGGCAACGAGUAAUUCUCAAGAAUGGUACCCCAAUUAUCCUCCUCAUCAUCAAAUAUUUGCAACUGCUGCAGCAUCAUCAGGAUUCCCCCAGCAGAUAAUAAGACCUCAAAAUUGGUCUCAAAAUACUGGCUAUCAUCAAACUUUCAAUAGACCUUCUUGACCAUUCACCACCCAAAAAAAAAAAAAAAAAUGGAAUUAGCUACCCGCUAAACUUGCUCGCAGCCAACAGAAAUUUAUGAUAAUUCUUUGCUAAAUAAGAUUAGCUACGGAAUUUGUCCGUCGUUAAUUUUUUUUUUUUAAGAAGUGAUUUUCUCCAUGUUGUUUUCUAUUCUUUGUAAAGAGUAAUGUUGAGAUUCUUAAUACUCUAGAAAGAUAAACAAACAGAUUGGUAGCAUAUGUUAACCAGGGUGUUUGAUUGGAGCCAAGAAAGAAAAAAACAAAAAGGGGGGGGGGGGGUGUGGGGGUUGGGUGGAAGAAGGUUUUGGGAAAUUCCAACUCUUUGGAAAAGUAAAGUCUAACCUUUUUUUGUAUUUUUUUUUGUUGUUGUAUAAAGUCUUAUUAUUGGUACGACGUAACUGAGACUCCUUUGGGUUCAAUCUUGCACCUCUAAAUUUAGUUU